AUGCCCGAACCAGGACUCCUCCUGGGGUCCUCGCGCCCUCGCAGAAGGACUACGGGCCCCGGCGACCCCGGGGGCGGGGCUUCCGGCGCGCUGCCUUGUGGGCACGGUAGUUCCGCCGGGUCUGGCUUCCGCCUGCCGAGCGGCCCCGGACCGCAGGCCGGACUACACUUCCCGUCGGCCCGCCUGCUCUCCCGAUGCCGCCUUGGCGCGAGACGUUGGCAAGCAGAGUGUCUCCAAGAUGGCCGCUUGGGGAAGGAGGCGUCUUGGCCCGGGCAGCAGUGGCGGCAGCGCCCGAGAGAGGGAACCAACAGUGUUUGUAAUGAAGAACAUCAGACUCUGAGCUGUAACCUGAAUUCUUGUCCAAAAUUCAGCACACUGGCAACGAGCACAUCAAACAGAUUGCCACUUGUCCUGUCGGCGUCUUUGAGACACACUUGCCCAUCUAGGAAAGCACAGUGCAGGGUGAGCUUGUCGGCCACAGACUGCUACAUUGUGCAUGAGAUCUACAAUGGGGAGAACGCCCAAGACCAGUUUGAGUACGAGCUGGAGCAGGCCCUGGAAGCCCAGUACAAGUACAUUGUGAUUGAGCCCACUCGCAUUGGCGACGAGACAGCCCGCUGGAUCACCGUGGGCAACUGCCUGCACAAGACGGCCGUGCUGGCGGGCACCGCCUGCCUCUUCACCCCGUUGGCGCUGCCCUUAGAUUAUUCCCACUACAUUUCCCUGCCCGCUGGUGUGCUGAGCCUGGCCUGCUGCACCCUCUAUGGGAUCUCCUGGCAGUUUGACCCUUGCUGCAAGUACCAAGUGGAGUACGACGCCUAUAAACUGUCGCGCCUGCCUCUGCACACACUCACCUCCUCCACCCCGGUGGUGCUGGUCCGGAAGGACGACCUGCACAGAAAGAGACUGCACAACACGAUAGCACUGGCCGCCCUGGUGUACUGUGUAAAGAAGAUUUACGAACUCUAUGCUGUAUGAUUUCAGUAGAACAGGGAGCGAAGCAAAACCACCUGGCCCACAAGAGACAACAGAGUAUUCAGAUCGCCACACUCUGUGAGGCAGCAGAGCCUGGGAAGGUGUUUGGCUUAAUAUUUGUUAUUUUUAAAAAAUAACAGAUCACGGGUGUACCCAGGGUUUUUCAGCUCAUUACACUAAGAUGUGGAUUUCCAUAACCCAAGAGGGGGGUCUGAGGCUGUGGAAGUCCGACUGGGCAGUGGAAUGCUGAUGGAGGCAGACGCUGCCGAGGGGGUGUGGACGUGCUUUGGGGGAGGUCUUUAAGUCUAUUGUUUAACUGUACCAUCCAGAGCCCACCAGAAGCUAUUGAUCAUUAAAAUUAUGAGAAUUUCAA